GAAGCGUGGUGGCUCUGGAAGAGGCUAACAGCACGGAGUGAAGAGGAGAGAGUAGGAGGACAGGAGGGUGGAUCAGGAAGCAGACUGGUGGCUCUCUCUUGUAGGCAGCGGAGCACAGUGAAGGCAAUUAUGGGAAAUGCACCAUCUCAAGCUAAUGUUGGGGCCUGCUUUCCGAAGCAAGAUCAGGAGCGUGGCGGAGGUCACAUGAUCUCCACCGAUGAUUUGGAGUACCCGCGCGAGUAUCGGACGCUAGGAAACAGCACACGGCGCUUCUCCAAUGUGGGACUGGUCCACACCUCUGAGCACCGGCACACGGUUAUUGCUGCCCAGAGCUUGGAGGCCCUCACCAACCUGCACAAGGCUGACAUGGAACGCAAGCGGGACGCCUUCAUGGACCAUCUGAAAAACAAGUACCCACCCCAGCACUCCCUGCCACCCUCUCCAUCCCCCUCACACAGCAGCAUGAGGGGCAGCUCCGAGAGAAGCGCUCGAGAACAGCAACAGCCAAACUACUGGAGCUUUAAGAGCCGUAGCCCACGUCACUCCCAGUCAACUCAGUCAGGUUUGGCAGACCAGGCAUCUAAGCUGUCCUUUGCCUCUGCUGAGUCUCUGGAGACCAUGUCCGAGGCCGACAUGCCACUGGGCUUCAACCGCAUGAACCGUUUCCGUCAGAGCCUCCCCCUUUCCCGCUCAGCAAGCCAGAACAAACUACGCUCUCCAGGUGUCCUCUUUCUACAGUUUGGAGAUGAGACCAGGCGUGUUCACAUUACUCAUGAGCUCAACAGUUUGGAGACCUUGCACGCGCUCAUUGUACACAUGUUCCCUCAGAAGCUGACAGCGGGAAUGUUGAAGUCUCCCAACACAGCAAUCUUGAUCAAAGACGAAGCAAGAAAUGUCUUCUACGAGCUGGAGGACGUGAGAGACAUACAGGACCGCAGCAUCAUCAAAAUCUAUCGUAAAGAGCCCAUCUAUGCCUCCUACCCUGCAGCACAUCUGGCCAAUGGAGACCUCAGGAGAGAGAUGGUUUACUCAUCGCGGGACUCGUCACCUACCCGUCGUCUCAACACCCUCCCUUCUUCCACUGCCUCGCCCUCCUCCGGUUCCCCAUCACGAUCCCGUCUAUCCUAUAGCGGGAGUCGCCCCCCAUCUUUUGCUGGUCAGGGUCACCCCCAUCCCCAGGGCCCUCAGCAUCAGUCCCACCACCUGUCCCCCUCUCAUGGACAAGCUCAAGGGCUAACGCCUUCUUCCUCCGCCAUCCUGGAGCGUCGCGAUGUCAAACCCGAUGAGGAGAUGUCUGGUAAGAACAUGGUUCUUUUGAAGAACGAGGGCCUGUAUGCUGACCCCUACAGCCUAAUGCAUGAGGGUCGGCUUAGCAUUGCCUCUACUCAAUCACUGGCCACCAUCGCCGACCCCUUUGGUUUCCCGGUGUCAGGAGGGCUUUACCGCAGGGGUUCGAUGCGGUCUCUUAGUACAUACUCAGCUGCAGCGCUACAAGGAGAACUGGAGGACUCCCUGUAUAAACCUGGGGGUUCUCUGUACUCUGAUACCUACGGCCCCAGCUCCACGCUUGGGAUGGGCUUUCGACUGCCACCCUCCUCCCCUCAGAAAAUUCCAGAUGUUCAGUUACGUGACAGAGACUCGUUCACCGGUUCGCCGAGCCGAGGGUCGCCCGUGAGACAGACCUUCCGCAAGGACUCCGCCUCCUCGUCUGUGUUUAUGGAGAGUCCGAAGUCCAGACCCAGCUCUAGUUCAGAACCUCUAGGAGAUGGGAUUAAGGGACCCGGGUUUGUGUCGCCAUUGUCUGGGAAUGAGACAGACACACGCAGGGAUCGUAUGGAGGCAAUGGAGAAGCAGAUAGCCAGUCUGACUGGACUGGUUCAGAGCGUCCUAACUCGAGCACCAGACAGCGACAGCACAUGCGGCCUGCUGCGUCUCUGCAUGAUGGCGGGCUGCCCUCCGGACCAGGGGGCGGAGUUUUCACGGCCCUUCCCUUUCUCUUCCAGCGAGAAGACCGAAUCCACCAGCAACGGCUCCGCCACAGGAACAGGCCGGCUGAAGAAGAAAGCACUGACUCCAUCUGCUCCACUGGCUCUGAUGCCUCCACCUUCAUCUAGCACCUCUCAGGCCUCGACUGUCUCCAGGCUACAGAUGCAGCUCCACCUCCAUGACUUACAACAGAAUGCCACUGAUCUGCGCAAACAGCUUGUACAGCUUCGGAAAAUGCAGCUGCAGAACCAGGACUCCAUACGCAGUCUGCUAAAGAGAACCGAGACAGAGUUGAGUCUUCGUCUAUCGGACGCCCUGAGAAAACAGGAAGACCCUCUUCAGAGACAGCGCCUCCUAGUAGAAGAGGAGAGACUCAAAUACCUCAACGAGGAGGAACUCAUAAUACAGCAAUUACAUGAUCUAGAGAAGUCAGUGGAGGAGAUCCAGAAGAUGUCUGUCAAUCACCGGCAUGUGACAGUACAGGAAUUGGAAGAGAAAUCCUCCCUGCUGAGGAAACUGGGAGAGACGCUCGCAGAGCUGAAGAAUCAAUUCCCAGGGCUACAGAGUAAAAUGCGGGUUGUUUUAAGAGUAGAAGUGGAAGCCGUGAAGUUCCUGAAAGAGGAGCCACACAGACUGGACGCUCUGCUUAAACGCUGCAAAUCAAUCACAGACACUCUCACCACGCUGAGGAGGCAGGUGAAUGAGGGAGUGUGGAAAAACCAGGAUGAGUAUUCAAGUCCCUCCGCUAAACACGGAGGAGGGGAGGACUACAGGAAGAACACAGACUUUGACAUUCCAACCAGCCCACCGCUCAGCCUCAAUGAGACCAGUCUGGCAAAUUGGAGCCCUCACUCCAGUCAAGGCAACGCUCACAGCCUAUCCCACUCCAACCCUUCUCCUGCACAGCGCGAGAAAGACUCUCACGGAGUGGGGUCAUUAAAGGGGCGGGGCCUGGAGGAGCUGGGAGUACGAAGCGGGUCUGAAAAGGCUUCGUCAGUGGAAGUGAGACUGGCAGCAGAGAGAGACUGGGAGGAAAAGAGAGCCAGUCUAACUCAGUACAGUGCUCAGGACAUUAAUCGACUGCUGGAAGAGACUCAAGCUGAGCUCAUGAAGGCCAUUCCAGAUCUGGACUUUGCUGCCAAGCAGAUCAAACCUGCUCAGAACCAGAACCAGAAUCAGAACCAAAUCCAGAACCAGACCCCAACUAGCACCAAUGCCACACCAGAGCACAGGCCUAAUAAACCUCAGCAUAAACUCUCCAGUAAAGAGGGCGGAUCCAGACGGGGCUCCGAUGAGCUGACAGUGGCGAGGUAUCGAACUGAGAAGCCCUCAAAAUCGCCCCCUCCUCCACCUCCCCGUAGGAGUUUCCCGUCCUCCCCUGGGCUUACUACACGCAGCGGAGAGAUGAUCAUUCCUGGAAAGAGUAUAAAGAAAUCUGAAUCAGAGGAGACCGAGUCUCAGAAGCCACACGUGAAGCUGAGGAGGAGUGUAUCUGAAGCCCCCCGGCCGGCCUCCACCCCUCCAACCAUCGCUGGUGAACGAGAGGAUGGGAACGAGGAGAAGUUAGCUGCUGAGCUGGAGACGCAGCAUGGAAUGUCCCCCACUUUGGUCCCCCAGAUAAUCUUGACUGAAUGUAACUCACUCCCCACAUCCCCUUCAGAGGACUCGGUUAAGGCCAGUCCAUCUGCAGCACCACAUGUUACUGACAGUGCACAGACAAUACAAGACAAUGUAACUGGAAAUGACAUCAGAGUAAGUUACUUUAGCCACAUUGUCAGGACUCCCAGUCUGUCACUAUGGAAACAAGACUUGGAUGCGGCCCAGAGGGAGCCACAGACAAGGCAGACUCCUGUUCAGGAUGUGGCCCAGUCCUGGCCACACUUAACAAGGGAGAGAGCAAUUAAACAGCCUCUGAGGAGGGAGCCAAGGCUCCAGGAUUCUCUUGAGGCAGAGAGAGAGCUGAAAGACGAGACAUCAAGAGAUCAGAGGCCAGGGACUCUCCGCCAAAAGGCGGAAACUACAUCGUCAGUCUUGCAGGAAAACGGCCCCUCUGAGACAUCUCAUGUGGGUUUGAUCCGAACUCAGGGUGUUGGAGGGGAAAAGGAAGACAUCUGCCACAGCACCUACCGUCGGCUGGACAGUCUGGAGGAAACCAUUCAUGAGCUGGAGCUUAGCUUGAUGGAGUUCAGCACAGACCCUCACACAGGGAACAUCUGCCCCAUUGCUGCCCAGCCACAGAGCUCUUCCACCAUCAGCAGCUCCCUAAAGAUAUCCAGCAGCACUCGACAUACAGCACAAAGCCCUGAAGAUGGAGGCGAAGUAAACAGACCCCCUGUCCCACCUAAACCUACUUACAUCAGUACAUCAACAGCCAAGACUGGUGAUGGUAAGGCACUCACUCGUCUAAAACACCUGCAGCAAAGUGGAUCAGAAAAGAGCAAAACAAGCAAACAGAGAGAUGACUUCCUUAAGAACCAGGGUCAACAGCAGAGUGCUCUCCCUGGCUGCCCACGUACCUGUAGAUGGAAAAUAAAUCAACACAUCAUUUCUUUACAAAGACUUUACACACUCCUUCUUGGUUUUACUCUCUUCAUUUCUCUGCAUGCUCCCUCUCGCCCUAUCUUUACGUGCAUUUAUUAGUUCAUCAGAAUGAAUGAAUGAAUUGAAUCUGAACUGGGUACAAAUUAAUUGUGAAUACUUGAUGAUCUGAAUUAGAUUCAGAGAGGGCCAUAAGUUUAAUUGUGUGCUGCAUUAAUUGACCCUUUGCUAAGUUCCACCCCCCUUGGUUACAUUUGCUCACUCUGACAAGCUUUGCAGAACUUCCAGUAGGAAUGAAUGGGAGAUUGCAGUGAACAGCGUGGUUUUUGGCCAAAUAUUCUCAUAAACGGAAUGGAUAAUAUUCUUACAUGAGAUGGAAUGAAGAGUGACAUUUUAAAGCAUAUUUAUCUGAUGUUUAUUGUGAAAGAAAUUGUUAAAUUACACAGUAAUUAGAUUGAAAACCAAGGAGACUGUGAAUCAGAAUUGAAGCAAAGAUCAUCACUGUCACUUGAAAAGAGAAAAGCAUCUUUUGAUGGAGAUUACACACCAUUAUAACAUUAGUGUAAGUGAACAGAACUGCUUACAAUGUCUCAUAACACACUCACUAGAAUGCUGUGAACUCUUUAUUUUC